AACGCGUUUUACGCCGUGGGUCGGGACUAGAUGAUUUGCAAAUAUACAAAAUCCACUUCUUUCUUAUGUCAACAGUGUGUCAGACCGAAAAAAUGUCGAAACGACGUUUUUUCGUGCACUACAACAACCAACAUCGCCCCUAAUGAAAGCGAGGCAGUGUAAACACAACUCCAGGAACAUGAAAAGAUCGGGUGACAGUGAGGGGGAGAAGAGAAGAAAGAGGCGUAGGCUACUGCAGGAGUUGGGAGACCAGAAGAUCCCUUUUCUGGGACCUUCAGAUCGAGGUUUUCAGCAACUGUGGGAUUCCAGCUACUCUGGCUUGGUGUUGAGGAAAUCGUGUUCGCUUCCUGCUGAGCUCCACAGCCGAGUCCAGGCGGCUCUGCUCACCCUCAGAAAGAAGGGCUGUCUCCUGAAGGAUCUGGUCCGCGUCCGCGACCGAGACGUGUUCACCGCCGUGUCGCGAGCGCUGCUGGGUGAUCCCGGCCACACCUACCGAUAUCUGGACACGCGGCUCUUUGCCAUCCCCUGGCACAGCGAGGACGCCGAGGUUAAAGGACAAAACUGCUGUGAUCCCGAUUUGAGGGACGCUUGCAAAGCAUUGUGGGAGCUUAACACAUUCCUCUGUUCUGAUGUGUCUCAACUGAAGGAGGGAGACCAGUUUUCACAAUGUAUGAAGGCCGAAGGGGAAGCAAAACUAGUUGAAGAGGGUGAGACAGAGUCCAAACACAGUGACGACUCCAAGAAUAGUGAAGGAGGGGAUUCGGAGUCCAGACAGAGCGAGGAGGGGGACACCGAGUCCAAGCACAGCGAGGAGUGGGACAUUGAGUCCAAGCACAGCGAAGAAGGAUGCUCUGGGUCGAAACAAGAAGCGGGGUGGGAGACUGAGGAGGGCGAGUCCUCCCAAGUCAAACCGAGUGAAGGUAGUUUUGCAGGAGUUUCAGAGCACAGCGAAGGAAAAUGCCCCGGCUGGACGACGGAGGCCUUCAGUGGGACAAAGCCUGAUCCCGUGGGACUAGAGGCUCAGGAGAAGCCUGUGGCUCAGCUAAAGCACAGCCUGUCAGAUUACCACAUUCAGGAUAAAGAGGAACUUGCAGGUGGGCUGGGCUGUUCGCAGCCCAGUCCUCCCCAGGUGUGCACCGGUCCAGUCAAGUUUAAUGUCACCUUACUGAACUACAUGGACCCCACACAAAUGAGCCACCUCAAGGAGGAGCCGUACUACGGCAUGGGGAAAAUGGCGGUAGGGUGGCACCACGAUGAGAACCUCAUCACUCAUUCACCAGUGGCUGUUUACAACUAUAGUUGUCAUGACGACAAAGGUGAGUGCAGCGAAGGCAGCAGCGUGGAGAAGUCAUGUUGGAGGAUCGGCCUGAAGGUGGCCUGGGACAUCCACACACCUGGCCUGAUGCUGCCGCUGGAGUCCGGAGACUGCUACUACAUGAGAGAUGACCUGAACAGCACCCACCAGCACUGCGUCCUCGCUGGAGAAACGGCACGCUUCAGCUCGACUCACAGAGUGGCCGAGUGUUCUAAGGGGACCCUGACCUACAUCCAGUCACGGUGCCAGGAGGCCCUGUCCAACCUGCACACUGACCCCGAGACGGGCUCCCACAGCCUGAUGACCCUUCAGCCGACAGCAUUACAGCACUGUGAGGAGAUUCACAAUGAGGUGGAGUUUGAAUGGCUGCGGCAGUAUUGGUUUCAGGGCCAGCGUUACGCACGCUUCUGCAGCUGGUGGACCCGACCGAUGGAGCAGCUGGAGAAGGACUGGAAGCUCAUGGAGACCAUGACCAUGCUUUUCCUGGCUACUGUGGAGGAGGAAGGCCAAGCCGAGGAGGGACGGAGGGAAAUGGCCGAAACCCUGCUGUCUGCCCUGACAGACAGGCACCAGCAGAGGCAGACAUGGAGAGACAGGUGCCACUCGAGUCUGGCGCAGACGUUACCCCCCGAGGAGGCCCCAGUGGACCGACCCUUCUGGGGUGUGGAUGACCCCGGCAUGCCUCUGCCCUUUGAUCUGGCUGAUAUCAUCAGCAGAGUGGAGUCACUGCUGUGGAGGAUGUGAAGGACAGAUAAAGGAACUAAGGAUGAAAGAAAUCAACCCACCAGCUUCUCUGAAUGGUCCCCACUUCAGUUUGAGGAGACUGACCACUGAUGCUACAUUUAUUGUGAUUCCAUCAUGGUUGGAUUCCUUGUGAUUGGGGCAUCUACACCCUUUCCUUCUCUUUCACCCACCGCUUUCCCUGCCGAUACUGGCAUUCCGGUCGCUCCAACUUGGAUUUGUCUGGGAGCAAAGACCAGACCACCACCUUUAUAUCCAGAGUAGUGCUUCAGUAACAUGCUAACAACGCAGAGCUUAGCAUUGAGCUACUAGUAUCACAACGGUCUAACAAAACAUACGUGGAACCUACAUUUCAGUGUUGGCAUACAUUGUGUAACUAUUUAUUAUUUCUGUGUACUCUGUUGCUUAAUCUCACGUAAUCCGAACAUGCUUUUAUCAAUGGAUCGACUCCUCGGUAGUCACAGUACAGUACAUCCAUAUAUGCUUUCUGCUUGUCUCACAGUGUUAUGAUACAGUAUAGAUUGGUAAGAAAACUCACUUUGGUCACAUGGUAUCGCAUUCUUCACUUGUGUAUAGUGUAACCCCGUUUUAUUGUGUUCAGAAGUGGAAUGAGCCUGAAGAGACCAAAGAGAGACUAUGAUAAGAAAGUUCUGAAUGUCAUCCGGUGGAAAACAUGAAGAACGUGUCGUGUUUGUGGUGCAGUGGCGUGCUUGUGCCAUUUUGCUUUGCGAAUGUACUUUGUGUGUGUGUGUGUGUGUGUAUGCGUGUGUGUGUACAUUUACCAAUGCGACUAUACAUGUGAUCGGUUGUUGACUUGUGUGUGUGUUUUUUUUUGUGCACGCUCUCUCCCCCACAUGCCUACAUAAAGGCGCGAAUGUGUGAAUGUGAUGGUGUGUGUGAGCCCUGCAGGACGCCUGCUAGUUGUUUGUUCUUGAAGACGAAGAAACGGGGAGCUGCAGAAGAGUCCCUUCUUCCUCUGCUCUGAUGAAAGGCAGCUCUGAUAGAAUGACCCGGAACACAACCGCCGUUUCUCAUAAUUACAGCUGUUCAGUCGCUUUUAAUUACUCUUAAAGCGUGUAGAGCACCACGUUCCCCUGUAAUGCUGCGGGCCAUCCGAGAGAGCGAGGGGAAGAUCCGGAGCUUCUGACAAAAUCCACUUUCAGAAAAGCUGCAAAAACGGGUUGAGGAAGAGGGCCGACCUCAAAGUGAUUUAGCAGCUCAGCUAGUUUUAUUUUUCUCUAAUUCAUGAUGAAGUAGAGAUGCUGUUUGCUAUUAAAAAUGCAAAAUGCACUCCUUUUUUUACUUCUAAGGUUUUUUCCAAGAUGUUAAUGGUUGCCAAACGCUGUUCUUCUUACUUCUUCUCUUUCAGCGCUUUUUGUUGUUUGUUAUUGUCGGGGAGAUUGGUUUGUAGAUCAGCAGCGGCGUUGACUUGUUUGAAUCACUCUGUGCUCCCAGCGCCUCAGCUUGUAUGUCUGAAGCAGUAGGAAUGGCAGUAAAUAAAAAAGAAAUGUGUUUUAUCCAAUCGCCUGAAUCCUUCUCAUUUUUUGAAAGUUGUAUUCCUACCCAGUAACAGCACACAGGUACAAACUGUUCAUUACAAAAAUAGGUGCAGACAUAAAAAAUCAUGUUUCCAAUCAUAUUUCCUAGCCUAAAUCUUUUGAAACCAAUACGUAUAGUAGUUAACAAAUGUAUGCAGGCUUAGCCGAUAAAAGAUAACAUUAGAACAAUGUAACUUGUGUGCAAAAAAGAAGUCUUACGUUAGAACAUGUCUCAAAAAUGUACUCAAGUAAAUGUGAAUACAAUAUUGUAUUUUUAUGGAGUUCAUAUGGUUUUGAUUUGUCGGUGUGCUGCAAACAUUCUUGUGCAGCUCUCUCUUGAAAAAUGGAUUUUUAAUCUCAUUGAGACAUACCUGGUUAAGUAAAGGUUACAGUCUCUGUACUUUGUGUUUGUCUAUUGUAACGGGAACAAAUCUGUAAAAGUUAAAGGGAUCUGAAGCCUUUUGCAAGUCAAUGACUGGAGAAUAUGUUCUGCUGAUUUAAUGGGCUACAACUUAAAACAGUGCCAGUAUCUUUAAUAUUGCAUCCCUUAACAUUUUGCCAUACUAUAUUUUGUGUUUGGAGAAACCUCCCGAUACCCCUGAGUGAGCACUAGAGCUUAUUUUCCUUUCCUUUAUUUUUAUCAGAUAACCUGCUGAUUCUUUUAUCUCCGAGAAAAGCUGCUGUGUCAGCAAAAACUUUCCUCCGACUGACUCGUGGACAGAUGGAUUGAACGAUGUCUCUCCCAGUAAAAGAAAUGACGGCUAAUAUUCUCAAUUGCACUUUGAGACCUCACCGCCCCGCCCUUUACCAGCUGCUGUCCCAGAGGUUGCUUGUGUUAACUACUUCCUGUAGUGGCUGAGUGACUGAGUGAUGGAUGAGUGUGGAGCAUUCUCCCCCCUUAGGGGGCAACUAAAAAAAGGGGCCCCACUUGAAGAGACAAUUACACGGCGCUGGUGAGAGCCACAGGUAUGCAUUGUUCUGACCGGGGUCAGCCGCCAUCCAGCCAGCCGAGCCAUACUCAAUUAGGCCGACAAUAGGGGCAGAGAGAGAUAAAAUAACCAGGUGUGUGGUGAGGAAAAGGUAUCGGUUUAGGGUCAAAUCCCAGUCAAAUGUUCCAGUGUGCGGCUGUGGCGGUAAGGCUGAAUACAGUUUAGAUAAAUAAAAUAAAAUCAAGAAAUGUGUUUUAACUUACCUGUGAUAAAUAUUUAGACACCACCUGCAAAACGUAGAUUUAUUAUAAAAUUUUGGUGAAUAAAAAUCAGUCAAGGUUAAAUGAGGAACUACUCCAGAUCUAUAAUGUAUCAGGCAGCCCUGGUCACACUUUUGGUUCUGGGCUCUGUGCAGCAAUCAGUGCACGAGCUACACACUCUAAAAUGUAUUUUGUAUAUACCAAAAAUGAAGACACUUGUUAAAAAAAUGUGCAUGCUUGAGUUUUUGUAAGCUGAUCCGCAUGUGUAAUGUAUUUGUGUGUGCGAUCAUUGUGUGUCCAAGGAGUCCUGGCUGGUGUCAGAGGCCCCGGGGCCACAGAAGCAGCAGUAAUUGUAGAAGCAGGGAGAAGAGCUGAAGAUAGCAUCGCAGCUCUGGGGCGGCUGUCAGCAGUGGGACGGCCUGCUCUCAUUUGUCACCAACGCAGACACACACCACUCAGCACCAACAAAACAUUGACUUGAUUGAGUACAUGUGAAGCAACACAAGCCCUAAUGUUUUGCAACUGUUAAUUACACUGAAGGUCAUAAAAGAGGCAGAGCGGAGAAGUUUCACAUCAGCAUGAAGACUGUGCAGCACAUAAAGUAACUGCUGUAAAUCCAGCUAAAGGUUAAAGAUCUGAAUCACUUUCUGGGGCCGGUGCAAUCUUUUCCUAUUCAUGUGCAAUUUAGCUCGUAAAAGCUUUGGGUUGUUUAUGCAAGAUACAUAAAAGUCUAUUUUGUUUCUUUGCUAGAUUUCUAUUUAUUAACCACCAUAAAAUUUAAAUACUAAAAACAGAAGAAAAACAUUUUUUAUAAACCAUAAUUAUGUGCCUUUUGUUCCGAAGUUAUCCAUGCGUUCAGUUAUUUUUUUAUUGCUUUGCCUGUAAGGUAGUUGUUUUAUUUACGUGAUUUGAUCAUUCUGUUGUGUGUCAAGUGGCUGAAUGUCUGUCUCUGUAUUACUGAAUUCUGUAAAGUACUUUAUGUUACACCUUACUGUAUGAAAGUGCUCUACUAAUAAAGUUGGAUUAAUUACUUGA